ACAAAAUUAACGCAAACAGAAACGUUUCGUUGUUUUUUUUUACAGAAAGCAACUUUUAUUUUAAAUAAAGCAAAAUGAGCUGCCCAGGCUUUGGUGAAGUAAAUAUACCCUCGUCUCGCGCGUUUUGGGAUGACUGCGAAGAGGAUGAGUUUGACAGCAUUGAACCGGCAGCAAAGUUGCACCUCAAAUUCAAUGGUGGCGAAAAUGAAGCACCCAUUGCCAGUGAGCUUUUUGUGCUUGUCGAGGGACCGCAUGCAACCGAAUUUUGUAGCGGCUCGAUGCUCCAAAAUGCCAAACUUAUCUGUGAAAUACCGGCUAAAGCUUCGACUUUGCAUUUAAAUGGCUCUAGUGGACACUUGUUGGCCGCUCUAGAAGAGGAUCUUACCAACAGUGGUGAAAUUACAGAGUUGCUUAUACCCUACGCUCAGCUGGCCAAACGGGUGUUAACAAUCACACUGAAGCCAAAGGUCGACUAUAAGAGCGAGGAGAUCAACAGAUACUGCGAUGAUAUAGCCAUUGUGCACAGCGUGGGUGGCAGUGGAGACGACAAGUCAGUAAGGGAAUUAGAGGCGCCCAAUUUCAUAGCCGGAGUGGCAGCUGGCAUUGCGAGCUGGCGCAAUCAAAUGGAACUGCCUGUUAGUUCAUAUGUUAUUUAUGUGGAUAGGUUGCCAUUGGACGGAGUUGCUGCCCAGCCAGUGAUCAAACUGUUGCAAAAAAUGGGCGUGAAGUGCAGCGAACGCUAUGUGCCGCCCACCAAGGACAGCUCCUACCUGUAUAUUUAAGCAUUAAUUAAAAUAGACAGUAAUAUAGGUGGCUGAUUAUAUUUUAAUAAAUUGGUGCGGUUGAAAACAUA